AUGUCCUCAGAGAUCAGAACUACAGUCCCAUCAGCCGGUAACCACUCUAGACUAGGUUACAGCUCCUCUUCAGAUGGAGGUCUGGGAUCUAAGAAAGAUUCUGCAAGAGUUCAAAGAGGUAGGGAUGGAUAUGAUACCAGUAACGUCAACUCUAGCCAUGGAGGUGCCCAGAACACUUCCGCUGCAAGUGCAGAUUCAGGAACCAUUCGAAAUACUGCAAGAGUCACAAAAGGUAGAUCAGGGUACGAGAUGACUGACCCUGCUCCUCCCCCUAGCGACGGAGGAACCCAGAACCGCAUCAACGGCCAAGCGCCCAAUUCUGUCGAUCAUGGGUUCACAUUCGCAUCAGGAUCCAGAAGCCAUUGUAGAGUUAUGGCUGAUCCGAAGCCUGAUAACGACUCUAACAGGAAGGACUUGUACUGA